CCCUCAAAGACUCAAACAAGGCGUGAAAUUUUUUGACACUGUUGUGGCUUGAUUGGCCCAUUCCCGAGGGUGGGGGCCUCUCUCAUUGGUCUUUGACGGUUGAUGGUACCAGAUGCAGCAGCAGAAACCCCAGAGCGGGGUGGGGGAGGUGACUGUCAGAGAGAAGGUAGCGCAGGUAAAGUCCCAGCCCUUGUUCAAACGUCAGCACGGGCUACUGCUUGCACUGGCAGCAGUGGGUGUUUUCUGGGAGGCGAGUCUCAUGUCUCACCUGAGGAGGUUCUAGUGAGAGCCUGAGGACCAUCUCCCCGAUUCUCCAUCCCGACUCUGAGGCUGCUGCUCCCUGUUUGCAAGAUGAACAUGCAGAAUCUGACGGCGGAGCAGUGGCGGGAGAUCAUGAGCAGGAAGAUGCAUUUCCCUCCCGAGCUGAUCGGUGCCAUCCAGGAGGGGAACACGCCGAUGGUAUCGGACCUGCUGAAGAUCGGUGACGGCAUCAUCCGGCAGCUAGACGACUCUGAGGACCGGCAGUGGCGGGAGGCGCUGAAUCUGGCUAUCCGGCUGGGCAGUGAAGACACCAUGGAUGCCCUGCUGCGGGGAGUCAAGUUCGACUUCCGGCAGAUCCACGAGGCGCUGCUGGUGGCGGUGGACACCAACCAGCCGCAGGUGGUGAAGAAGCUCCUGGACCGGCUGGAUCAGGAGAAGGGGGUGGGCAACAACAAAGUGGAUGUGCGCUCUUUCUCGCUGGCCAUCUUUGACCACUCCAUCGACGACUCGCAGUUCGCACCCGGCGUGACGCCGCUGACACUGGCCUGCCAGAAGGACCUGUACGACAUCGUCACCAUGCUGACGCGCAAGGGCCACGUCAUCCCACGGCCACACCGCAUCUCCUGCGCCUGCCUGGAGUGCCGCAACGGGCGGCAGUACGAUCUGCUGAAGUUCUCGCUGUCGCGCAUAAACACGUACCGUGGCAUCGCCAGCCGAGCCUACCUCUCCAUCACCUCAGAGGACGCCAUGCUUAGUGCCUUCCGGCUCAGCAGGGACCUGCGCAGGCUCUCCAAGAAGGAACCCGAGUUCAAGCCGCAGUACCUGAGCCUGGAGGAGCUGUGCCAGGAGUUUGCCGUGGAGCUCCUGGGAAUGUGCCGCAACCAGAGUGAGGUCACCACCAUCCUCAACGACUGCGAGGACGACAGCGAGGACGAGGACGGCCUGGAUGGCCGGGCUUUCGAGGAGGGCAUCCCCAAUCUGGCCCGCCUCCGCCUCGCUGUCAACUACAACCAGAAACAGUUUGUGGCACAUCCCAUCUGCCAGCAGGUGCUCUCCUCCAUUUGGUGUGGCAGCCUCUCAGGCUGGAAGGGCAGCAAGACGGCCUGGAAGCUUUUUGUGUCCGUCGCCAUCUUCAUCACCAUGCCGUUCCUCUGCCUCAUCUACUGGUUCGCCCCAAAGUCCAAGAUUGGCAAGACGCUGAAAAUCCCCGUGAUCAAGUUCCUGCUCCACUCCGCUUCCUACCUCUGGUUCCUCAUCACGCUGCUGUGCGAGUCCAUCGCCAUGGAGAUGUUUCGGACCGAGUUUGCCUCACGCCACCAGAACAUGCUGCAUAACUCCCUGCACAUGGUGUGGGUGGUGGGCUUCUUCUGGUUUGAGUGUAAGGAGGUGUGGAUUGAGGGCUUGCGCACUUACCUCCUGGACUGGUGGAACUGCCUGGACAUGAUGGUCCUCAGCAUGUACCUGGCGUCCUUCUCCCUGCGUGUUGUCAUCGUGCUCAAGGGCUACUUAAUUUGCCAGGAACCCAAUCGCCUGCAAGAGUGUGCCUACUUCACACAGUCUGGCCGGGAGGAGUGGCGACAGGAGGACCCACAGCUGAUCGCAGAGGUGCUGUUUGCUGUGACCAGCAUGCUGAGCUUCACGCGCCUGGCUUACAUCCUGCCAGCCCAAGAAUCCCUGGGAACAAUGCAGAUCUCCAUUGGAAAAAUGAUUGACGACAUGAUGAGAUUCCUGUUCAUCUUGAUGAUCAUUGGGACGGCCUUCCUCUGUGGAAUCAAUAGCAUCUACGUGCCCUACGUCAUCUCUCCACGUCUGGGACAAUUCAACGAGACCUUCCGCUUCCUCUUCUGGACAAUGUUUGGAGUGGUGAACCAGGAGUACGUGGACAUGCCGGACUUCGUGGUGGCUGAGUUUGUGGGCCGGGUGCUGUAUGGCAUCUUCACCCUGAUCAUUGUCAUCGUCCUGCUCAACAUGUUGAUCGCCAUGAUCACCAACUCCUUCCAGAAGAUUGAGGAUGAUGCGGACGUGGAGUGGAAGUUUGCCCGCUCCAAGCUCUACCUCAAUUACUUUCGAGAAGGUCUCACCAUGCCGGUCCCCUUCAACAUCAUCCCCUCCCCCAAGGCUACCUUCUAUCUGAUACGAGGAAUCUUCCGGAGGAUCUGCUGCUGCUGUGAUUUCAACACGACACCGGACUACCCCCCCAUCCCCUCCAUUUCAAACGGGAUGUCAAACGAGGGGGAGAGUCGGUUGCCCUACAGACAGCAAGUGAUUCGGGCCCUGGUGCAGCGCUACAUCGAGUCGGCACGCCGGGAGUUUGAGGAGAGCAAGCGCAAAGAUGUGGGUAACCGGAUCACAGAGCUGAACAAAGUCGUGUCCAGGCUACACUCAGAGAUGAAACAGAUCCAGCAGGUGCUGAUGCACGGUAACUUCGGGGUGUCAGAUAGCGCCACCAGCGAGGGCUCCUCCAUGCUGGGCAAGUACAUCAUGGGGGCCAAGAACAACUUCCGGGGCUUCAACAGUGGUGGCCCUCCAAAGCACACCCCCCUGCAGGUGACUGUGCAUGAGAUGGAGAAUGAAGAAGAUAAGAAGGAAGAGGUUGUGGGGGUGGAGGCAACAACGGUGGAGAUAGAGGACCAGACCUAUGCAAAGGGAGGUGAGGACCAGGCUUCUUCCCCAACUGGCAGCAAGCGCUCCUGGGAUACAGGCUUUGGCUCCCAGGAAGGGGAGGAGUCAAUUGAGGGAGGGGCGGAGACAUCUACUACAACCCCAUCUGAGAACGGAGCUGACUUAAAUUAGUACUGGAUCAUUUGUGUCUGUUCUUUGGUGGAAUGCCUGGUCCAGGAUUAUCUGAAUAUCAUAGGUAAUGGAGCAGUUAUACUUGGUUAAAUAGUAAAAACAUUCUCUGUCUGACACUCCUCCUCGCUAACAGUCUCUGUCUGACACUCCUCCUCGCUAACAGUCUCUGUCUGACACUCCUCCUCGCUAGCAGUCUCUGUCUGACACUCCUCCUCGCUAGCAGUCUGUCUGACACUCCUCCUCGCUAACAGUCUCUGUCUGACACUCCUCCUCGCUAACAGUCUCUGUCUGACACUCCUCCUCGCUAGCAGUCCGUCUGACACUCCUCCUCGCUAACAGUCUCUGUCUGACACUCCUCCUCGCUAACAGUCUCUGUCUGACACUCCUCCUCGCUAACAGUCUCUGUCUGACACUCCUCCUCGCUAACAGUCUCUGUCUGACACUCCUCCUCGCUAACAGUCUCUGUCUGACACUCCUCCUCGCUAAUAGUCUCUGUCUGACACUCCUCCUCGCUAGCAGUCUCUGUCUGACACUCCUCCUCGCUAGCAGUCUCUGUCUGACACUCCUCCUCGCUAGCAGUCUCUGUCUGACACUCCUCCUCGCUAGCAGUCUCUGUCUGACACUCCUCCUCGCUAACAGUCUCUGUCUGACACUCCUCCUCGCUAGCAGUCUGUCUGACACUCCUCCUCGCUAGCAGUCUGUCUGACACUCCUCCUCGCUAGCAGUCUCUGUCUGACACUCCUCCUCGCUAAUAGUCUCUGUCUGACACUCCUGGACCCAUAGGGUCCCUGUACUUAAAGGUCAAAGAGAUGCAAGAAUAAACAAAUAAAAAGCUCUAUUAUUAGAA